GAUCAUGCUAUAUAAAUUUAUUUGUGAUGAUAAUAAAAACAUUUUUUUGGCAGAUAAAUAAGAUUGUUCAUAUAUAAAGUAUAAAUUGUGAUGAUAAUUCAGUCAACCAAGUUGGAAGUUAAAAAGGGCAGCUAUGCCAUUCCAUCGUUAAUUGAAACGGUUGGAAUCGUCAAUUAACCAUCGCAAAUCGGUGAAAUUCCCCUAAAAUAACGCAGUUGGUACUUGUUGUUUGCAUUAAUUUGACCUUUAAUCAAGUUGAUCUAAUAGGAGGUGACAUUCCGAACAUUCAAGACAACAAUGUCUAAUCUUCGCAUAAAAGUUAAUGAAAAGAGCACAGGUUCUCCAAGAACGGAGGUGGGAGAGAUUGACACAAGGGCUCCAUUUCAAUCAGUGAAAGCUGCUGUUAAUUUGUUUGGCGUAGUAGCUUCCCUUAAAGGAAAACCUGUCAUCAAGAGAAGACCUUCCUCAGAGAAUGUACUCCACAAGGAGACAGAGCUUCUCUUGGCUCAGAGAGAACUUAACAAGAUUAAGCAAAAUCUGGAGAGUGCCGAAACUACGAAAUCUCGAGCACUUUCAGAGCUCGAAAGGGCUCAGAGGACACUUCAUGAGUUGACCACCAAGCUCAACGCAGUGAAGGAUUCCAAGCAAUCAGAAAUUGCAGCUGCAGAAGUUGUCAAGGAACGAGCCAAGAAGCUUGAAAUUGAAAAAUCGAAGAAAGUGAUUGGAACCGAAGCUUGGAAAAGGGAACUAGACCAAAUCAGAAAGGAAUACGCUUCUACUGUUAUUGAACUUGAUGCUGCUAAGCAAGAGCUGAACAUGAUCCGCCAGGAUUUUGAUGUGGCUUUGGAAGCGAAACAAGCUGCAUUUCAACAGGCAGGAGAAGCUCAGCGUUCGGCCAAGGCAAAUUCGGAGAAGGCUAUAGAGAUUUCAAGGCAAAUCGCUGAGAUGCGGGCAUCAACUGAACAGAUCAGGCUUGCUUUUAUACAAAUUCAACAAGAGCAAUCAAAGCUUAUCCAAGAAAGAGAGGCUAGUUUACAGUCUUAUAUAACAGCUAAAGAAGUAGCAGAGAAGAAAUUGGAGUCAUUGAAGAAAGAAGCUGAUGUUGUACAGAAUCAACAGACCAGAGAUCUUGAGGCAAAGCUUGAAGAAACAAAUGCAGAGAUUGAAUUCUUGCAAGAGGAGAUGAGAAAAGCUCAUGCCGUCGAAAUGGAUAAUGUUAGAGUUGUAACUAUGGAGCUCAAUGAAGCAACAUCAACUCUGCAAAAAGUUUCUGAAGAAGAGAGCUCUCUUAAAAGCUUAGUGAGCUCGAUGAGGCUGGAGUUGGAGAAUGUGAAAAAGGAAAUGGAGAUAGAAUCUCUUGUUGCUAAUCAUAAUGCUGAAAUACUGAACAUAAAACAAAAGGAACCAGAAAUCUCUGAUGAACUCAGCUUUAAACUCAAGAAUCUAAUAGAAGAAACUAAUAGCGCAAGACAAGAAGAAGAAGAAAUGAAGAACAAAACCAUUAGGAUGAAGCAAGAGGCAGAAGCGUUUCAAGGAGUAACAGAGGACGCAGAGACAAAGCUAGAGCUUACUUUGGUUGAAGCUGAGAAAGUGAAAGCAGCAGAGCAAAAGGCCCUUGGUGAGGUUAAGGUUGUUAAUGCAGAAAACAAUGUUAAGAUAAAACUAUCGGUAGAGAAGUUUCAGUCUUUGACUCAAAAAGUUCAGGAGUCCCAAAACAUGGCCGAUGCAAAAGAGGCAGAGAACGAGGCUCUGCUGGGAGAAAUCAAGCUGAGAAAAAUGGAAAACGAAAGAAAGGCAGACGCUAACUUGAAAGCAAUUGAGGAAAUCAAGAUUGCAACCGAUAUGGCUUUGAGAAAAGCGGAGAUGGCAGAUUCGGCCAAAAGUGUGGUUGAAGGUGAACUUUACAAGUGGCGUCAACAACAAGAACAAAGGAAAGACAGCUAAGAAGCUCAUACAACAGAGGCUUUGUUGUCGUUUGCUCUCGGCUGAUAAAGAUUUCAAAGAUGGGGUGAGAUUGAUCAUUGCAUGGACUGAAUAGCAAACACACCAUGUAAAAGUGUAUCAAGAAAACCAGACAACCCUUUUGG